AAUUUUACACAAUAAAACCGCACAUACAAAGAAUUCACACUUUUGAGGAAAUUUUUGGGGAAAAGGUGUUUCGGGUUAGGGCUAAAAUUGCUCCGAUCUAUUGCAAUGGCAGAGAUUGUUAAUCAAGGGAAGCGAAAAUUGGAAGAGCAGAGUAGUGUGAAUGCUGGGAGCAAAGCUGUAGAAGAUUACGAUUCUGAUGAGUAUGAUCAUGAUAUGUAUGUGGGGAAUCGCAGGAUGAAUCGAGAAAUUCGGAAGGAGUAUAACAGGCAGGUGAAGGAGAGCGAGGGUUUUGAUAUCACUUUGGAUUUGGAUUUGGGUGUUAGUAUUGGUGCUCCACUUGUUCCAGCACGGGGUGAAGAGAACAAUCCAAUGUUUACUGAGAUAUCAUGCUUAGCCCUUGAUGCUUUCAAUUCACAGAAUAAUAAAAGAUACAAAUUUGUUGAAAAUGUGACUGUGAACACAUCACUUGCUGCUGGAUAUUGGUGUCGUAACACAUUUCUAGCAAAGGAUUCUGAUGCUCCCUACACUGUAAAGACCUUUCAAGCACGGGGGUUCUGGGGAAUUUGUGGAGAAAGAAUUAUUGCAUUUUGCAGGCUUAAGAAAACAUCCAGUGAUCAAGGUGAUGAAUGCCCUCCCUAUUCCAAUGCUGAUUUGAAAGCUAGACAGUGAGCUUGUCAUCUCUUUAAGCUCGUGGGGUCUUCUACUCUUGUAGUUAUUACAUUGAAAAUGUAGUGUCAUUUACUUGUGUUAUUACUAAGAAGUGAAAAAACGGGGUUGUGAUGUGUUUUCUACUGUUCUAGUUAUUUUAUUAAGAAUGUAGGGUUAUUUAUCUUAUUACUAAGACAAGGACAGAAGUGUUUUGAUGUUAAAGGUUAUGUUUGAUGUUUGAUGAUGAAGCUUUUAUCAGAGUAACAUGGUGUUGAGGAA